AGGUUCUAAUUUCAGGUGUUUUUGAAAAAAAAUCACAAUUCGAAUGUGAGUAAGGACAUGAGGAGACUAAAGACCUUGGAUUUUGCUGAUCAGAAUGAAACUGAUGUUGAAAGACUUUUCAAAUCUAUUGUUGGUGAUGCUCUGUGACUAUGUUCUUGGAGAAGCUGAAUAUCUGCUCUUGGGAGAGCCAGGCCAUGUAGCGCUAAGCAACAACACAGUGUCUGUGGAUUUCCAGUAUUUUGAUGAUGCUAAUGAAACGCUAAGAAAUGUUUCUGUCCUACUGUUGGAUGCCAGCACCAAUCAGACUGUUACCACCAAGUACCUCCUGACCAACCAGUCCCAGGGAACACUCCAAUUUGAGUGCUUCUAUUUUAAGGAGGCUGGUGACUACUGGUUCACAAUGUCUCCAGAAGUGACAGAUAAUAGCACUCCAGUUCCCUGGUGGGAAAAAAGUGCCCUUCUGAAAGUAGAAUGGCCUGUCUUUCAUAUUGACUUGAAUAGGACCUCCAAGGCAGCAGAAGGCACCUUCCAGGUGGGCCUAUUUACCAAUCAACCACUAUGCCUGUUUCCUGUGGACAAGCCUGACUUGGUAGUAGAUGUCAUCUUCACCAACAGUCUUCCUGAGUCAAGAACAAGUCCAGGACAGCCGCUGGAAAUAAGAACCAGCAAAACGACAGAACUUGCUCAAAGUCAGUGGGUUGAGUUUGGCUGUGCACCAGUAGGACCAGAAGCCUAUGUUACUGUGUUGCUGAAGCUGCUUGGGCGAGACUCAGUCAUUACCUCCACAGGACCCAUUGACCUGGCCCAGAAAUUUGGAUACAAACUAGUAACGGUGCCAGAACUCAUAUGUGAGUCUGGUGUGGAGGUGAUGGUGAUGCCUCCCCCGUGCAUUUUUGUCCAAGGGGUGGUCGCUGUCUUCAAGGAGGCCCCCAGACGCCCUGGGGAGAGGACCAUUCAGCUGGCUGAAAACAGCCUGCCUCUAGGAGAGAGGAGAACAGUAUUUAACUGUACUUUGUUUGACAUGGGGAAGAAUAAAUACUGCUUUGACUUUGGCAUUUCAAGCAGAAGCCAUUAUUCCACAAAGGAGAAGGAGUGCAUGCUAAUUCAGAGAAAUAUGGAAACUUGGGGACUGUGGCAGCCAUGGAGCCAGUGUAGCGCCACAUGUGGGGAUGGUGUCAGAGAGCGUCGCCGAGUGUGUCUCACUUCCUCCCCCUCCAGACCUGGCUGCCCUGGAAUGUCCCUGGAGACCUCCCUGUGUUCCCUGGAGGAGUGUGCUGUUUUCUGGCCAUCCAGUCCAUCUCCACUUCAGCCCCAGGGCCCGGUGAAGUCCAACAACAUCGUGACUGUCACUGGGAUCUCCCUGUGCUUGUUCAUUAUCGUUGCCACCGUGCUCAUCACACUGUGGAAGAGGUUUGGCCGCCCCCCCAAGUGCAGCACCACCACUCGACACAACUCCAUCCACUCCCCAGGCUUCCGGAAGAACUCAGAUGAGGAGAACAUCUGUGAGCUGAGCGAGCGGCAUGGGAGUGUCUCAGAUGGGGGGGACGGGCCCGUGGGGACUCCCGGGGAAAUGGGCAUCCCUCUGACCUACAGGAGGAGUGUGCCAGUCACUCCCGAGGACGAUGCCUCUGGCAGCGAGAGCUUCCAGUCCAACGCCCAGAAGAUAAUCCCCCCUCUGUUUAGCUACCGCCUGGCCCAGCAGCAGUUGAAAGAGAUGAAGAAGAAAGGCCUGACAGAAACCACCAAAGUGUACCAUGUGUCUCAGAGUCCCCUGACAGACACUGCUGUCGACGCGGCUGCCAGCCCCCCCUUAGACUUGGACAGCCCAGAAGAAGCUGCAGCAAACAAGUUCCGAAUCAAAUCCCCAUUUCCAGACCAGCCUGUGGUCAGUGCCGGGGAAAGGCCUCCCUCCAGACUGGAUUUCAGCGUGUCUCCUGCCAGUUGUGCCGUCAGCCCCAGCCAGACCCUGAUCCGCAAGUCUCAGAUGAAGCAUGUGGGCGGCAGAGGGGGCCCGAUGGAGAAGGGCCAUGCCAGGAAUUCUCAUUUCAGGAGGACAGCUAGUUUUCAUGAAACCAAGCAGCCCCGGCCAUUCAGGGAGAGAAGCAUGUCCACUGUGACUCCACGGCAGGCCCCCACCUACAGCUCUAGGAUGUGGACCUGGGACCAGGCAGAGGACAGAUUCAAGUCUCAGAGUCGAGGCACCCAUCCGUUUCCUGAGAAACUGGAACAUUUCCAAGGGGCCGGUGGAACCAGUGGUCCAUUAAGCUCUCUCCCUAAAUCCUACACCUUGGGGCAGCCCUUGAAGAAACCAGACCUGGGGGAUCGCCAGGCAGGAUUAGUGGCAGGAGUUGAGAGAACAGAGCCUCAGAGAGCUCGGAGGGGACCGUCCCCCAGUCACAGGAGUGUCUCAAGGAAGCAGUCUUCCCCCACUUCCCCCAAAGAUAGCUACCAGAGGGUCAGUCCCCUGAGUCCUUCUCAAUGUAGAAAAGACAAGUGUCAGAGCUUCCCUGCCCACCCUGAGUUUGCCUUCUAUGACAAUACGUCAUUUGGCCUUACUGAGGCUGAGCAGAGGAUGCUGGACCUCCCAGGAUAUUUUGGGUCAAACGAAGAGGAUGAAACCACAAGUACACUUAGUGUGGAGAAACUGGUCAUCUAGACCAAGAAUCAGUUGGAGACUUUACACAACUGGGAUCAGCUGCUCACGUUGUUCUGGGGUUGUUUUAUAGAACUUUAUACCAUAGGACAGAAUGUGGGGGGAAAAUGACUCACACAGAGGAGGAUGUGUGUGUAUGCAUGUGUUUUAUUUCAUAAGGAAAAGUUAUUUAUGCCGAAUUUUUUCUUUUUCUACCAAAUUUCUAUUUGUUGAUUACUAAUAACUGAUAAUAAAAUUUAAAU